AUGGAUUUGCCGCCUGACAAAGCAAAGCUUUUGAAGCAGUAUGAUAAUGAGAAAAAAUGGGACAUCAUAUGUGAUCAAGAAAGGGUACAAGCAAAGGAUCCACCAUCGCACUAUCUUACAAAACUACGAACUUACUUGGAUCCAAAAGCAUCCAGAAGUCAUCGAUCGUAUCGUUUCCUUACUUUCUUUCAGAAAAGGAAAAUGGUUGGAGAAUCUACAUCAACACAAGUUCUUCGAGAUCUGGAAAUUUCUCUGCGGACGAAUCACAUAGAAUGGGUCAGGGAAUUUCUGGACGAAGAAAACCAAGGCCUGGAUGCCUUGAUAGACUAUUUAAGUUUUAGGCUACUCAUGAUGCGACACGAACAACGACUUCUGGAAUCUAGAUCAGAGUCUGAAGAGAGACUGCAAUCAAGCGGAACGGGCGAUUCCUCGCCAUUAAAUAAUGGAUGUCUGAGACCACCUCUACAUGAGUUAAAAGACAGUCCAGGAGUAAAGCGACGAUCCAGACACGUUGCUCGAUUGAAUAUGGGAGAGGCUAAGGACGAUAUUCAUGUCUGUAUUCUUUGCAUGCGUGCCAUCAUGAAUAAUAAAUACGGAUUUAACAUGGUGAUUCAGCAUCGAGAGGCAAUUAACUGCAUUGCGCUCAGUCUAAUGCACAAAAGUCUAAGGACGAAAGCGUUGGUGUUGGAGCUGCUCGCGGCAAUUUGUUUAGUCAAAGGCGGACACGAAAUAAUUCUCUCGGCCUUUGACAAUUUCAAGGAGGUUUGCUCUGAAAGGCGGAGAUUCACGACACUCAUGGCGUAUUUCACACAGUACGACAAUUUUCACAUAGAGUUUAUGGUUGCGUGUAUGCAGUUUGUGAACAUUGUCGUGCAUUCGGUGGACGAUAUGAAUUUCAGGGUACACUUGCAAUAUGAGUUUACAAAACUCGGUCUCGACGAGUACCUCGAAAAACUUAGGCAUACGGAAAGCGAAGAUUUGCAGGUUCAAAUCUCGGCGUAUCUAGAUAACGUGUUCGACGUAGCUGCCCUGAUGGAGGACAGUGAAACAAAGACUGCCGCUUUAGAAAAAGUUGCGGAAUUAGAAGACGAACUUGGCCACGCGCACGAUAGACUGGCCGAGUUGGAAAGAGAAUCUCUAGCCAAAUUAGCGGAACUGGAAACCGAAUUGGGAGCAAUGAAGGUGGAAUAUGGUGACGCAUUAGAAGCCCGUAGAUUAGUCGAAGAAGAGCUCGCGGCUUUGAAAAGACAGAAACAGGACUCUGCGCGAAGACAGAGUGUCCUCGAAAGUAAAAUUAUGGAACUGGAAACGCUCACAGGAACUCUCACGAAAGGAGCCUCAGUUACCAACCUUCGAAAUGGCAGUGCACAUAAUUCGCCUACAACUGAGCAUGCGGCACCAUCGACGUUGACGUCGACGCCAUCGCCAGAAGUAGAAGCUCCCAGUACAGCUCCUGCACCACCUCCCCCACCUCCGCCCCCUUGUCCACCUCCCCCGCCAGCGACACCUUUCUUGGGUGACAGCAGAGGUCCUCCACCAGUUCCGAUUCCACCGCCGCCUGCGGGAAUGAUGCAGGCGCCUGAUGGAGCCAUGACCAUCAAACGAAAAGUACAAACGAAAUACAAACUUCCCACGCUGAAUUGGGUGGCCCUCAAACCAAAUCAAGUUCGAGGUACAAUUUUCAAUGAGCUGGAUGACGAUCGACUUCACAGUUUUAUCGAUUUUUCCGAUUUUGAAGAGCGAUUCAAAAUCGGAAUGGGUGGACAUAUUGCCAAUGGCAACAGCGAAAUCGACGGACUUCAGAGCUUCCCGAGCAAACGAUUCAAGAAGCCGGAAAAUGUUUCUCUUCUCGAGCACACGAGAUUACGAAAUAUUGCAAUAUCGAGAAGAAAAAUGGAGAUGCCUGUAGAAAAAGUAAUUACGGCAGUAAACGCUCUCGAUCUGAAAGUUCUUUCCUUGGAAAAUGUAGAAUUGUUGCAGCGAAUGGUACCGACCGAUCAAGAAAUAAAAGCCUACCGGGAAUACAUAAUAGAAAAGAAAAACGUGAAUCUCUUGACAGAGGAAGACAAAUUUUUGAUGCAACUUGGUAAAGUCGAGAGGAUAUCGACCAAGUUGUCGAUAAUGAAUUACAUAGGAAACUUCUUCGACAAUCUCCACCUAAUCACGCCUCAAAUCCACGCUGUGAUAUCGGCCGCGAGCUCGGUCAAGAGCUCAAAAAAAUUGAGGGCUGUUCUGGAAAUAAUUCUGGCCUUCGGCAAUUACUUGAACAGCAGCAAGCGCGGCCCGGCUUACGGUUUCAAGCUGCAAAGUUUGGACACGUUACUCGACACCAAGUCGACUGACAAGAGAAUGUGCCUUCUGCACUAUAUCGUGGCAACCAUACGCUUAAAAUUUCCAGAACUUAUCAACUUUGAGUCCGAAAUGAUGUACAUCGACAAAGCUGCGACUGUCUCCCUCGAGAACAUCACAACGGACGUCCACGAGUUGGAAAAAGGAAUGGACUUGGUUCGAAAAGAAUUCGAGCUUCGGGGGAAGGAAAAGCACAACACAGUUUUGCGCGAUUUCCUUAACAAUUCGGAGGAAAAAUUGCGGAGGUUAAAGGCUGAUGCCCGUACAGCUGGAGAUGCUUUCAGAGAGUGCAUAGAAUUUUUCGGCGAAAGUCCAAGACAGGCCGAUGCCAAUACUUUCUUCUCACUCCUUGUCAGGUUCGCGAGAGCAUUCAAGGCUGCGGAUCAGGAAAACGAACAGCGUCGAAGAUUGGAAUUAGCUGCGGCAGAGGCAUUAAAUACAUCGGAAGAAGUUAUCAAGAGAAAUAAACUUAACCAGAAGAAGCAACAGGAUGCUGUUAUAAAUGAGCUGAAAAACAAGACGAAAAUGGUUCAGGAGAAGAAACUCCUGCAGCAGGAUGAAGUAUAUAAUGGAGCCCUAGAAGAUAUUCUUCUAGGUUUGAGAUCUGAACCAUACCGUCGAGCCGACGCCGUCCGACGAAGUCAACGUCGACGAAUCGACAAUCAUCGACUUUCUCGCACUGCCGAGGAACUAGAAUUGUAAAAUAAGAGUUACCGUUUCUUCGGAAACAAAACGACUUUUUAUAGUCUUGAUGUACAUCUAGUUUCUACUUUUUCGCAUAUCACAACUAUUUUAUAAAUCCAUUUUCAAACUUUUUCGAUAAUUCUCUUGCAGCCAGAAACUCCUGCACAAGUCACUAUAUUGGUGCUAACUGCUAACAGUUAUUAUUACAGAACUCAUCCAUUUUCGCCAAUUGUCUAAAAAACGCUCCGGCUUCCUAGUCCGAAGGUUGCGUGUUCGAUUCUCGGUACCUGUACUUUUUUUUCGUAUAUUUUAUUUUCAUUUUUUUAUUUAUUAAAAUGCAAAUCAUAAUUUUUUUAAAGACUUUUAAAACAAA